CAGAGUAGGGAUGUAUCGCGCAAAGACAGCAGAGCCGUCAUCAUCCACUUCAUCUUCUGGUAGUACUUCUGCUUUAGCACCACCAUCUUCUAUUCUCGCAAAACCGUUCAAAGUUCCUACUUUAUCAUCCGACAAACUCAGAGCAGCAGCUCCAACGAGGGUGGCUAAGAAGAGAGUGUCCUACAAAGAGGAAGAAUCAAAGGAAAAUAGAAAACGCGGUAAAGUUGAUGAUGAUUAUCACGAAGAUAGCGGUGUCAAUAGAGAAUUAGGUUUCGAUUUAAAGACCUUAUAUCCAGUCUACGAAGUUAAGCCUGCUAGUAGUGUUCUCGGCCAGGGUUUUAAAAUACCUCCAAUGAAAGAUAAAGCUACAGGAAGACAAGUUAUCAUACCCUUAUCUGGGAUGGCAUUAGGGACGCGUAUACAACCCCCAAUUCCACCCAGACCGUUGCAUGAUCCAAUGGCUGAACAUGCUAUCGUCCUUUACGAUCCUACAAUUGACGAUAUUGAGGAGAAAAAGGAAGAACCAGCAAUACCAAAACCACCAGUUGAUAGACGAAAUAGAUCAGUUAAGGACAUUCUGGGUAUAAAAUCACGAGAAGAGCUUGAAAAGGAUGUGAAGAAAGUUCCUGUCGUCAUAGAUCCUAUUCUCUCUAAAGUCCUACGACCUCACCAAGUUGAAGGUGUCAAGUUCUUAUAUAGAUGUACAACAGGUUUAACAGCACCAGAUGCUCAAGGUUGUAUCAUGGCAGAUGAGAUGGGUUUAGGUAAAACACUACAAUGCAUCGCACUCCUUUGGACGCUACUCAAACAGUCACCAAUACCAGGCAAACCAACAGUCGAAAAGUGUAUUAUAGUAUGUCCAAGCUCGCUAGUCCCCAAUUGGGCGAACGAGUUUACAAAAUGGCUUGGUACUGGAGCUGUGGGGUGCAUGGCAGUCGACCACAAAGGUACAAAGGAACAGUUAAUCAGUGAUGUCAAACAGUGGUGUGCUGCAUCAGGAAGAAGUGUGACUCAACCGGUCAUGAUUGUUUCUUAUGAAACAUUGCGAAAUCUUACAGAAGUUAUCGGUAGAGCACAAGUUGGAUUGAUGAUGCUCGAUGAAGGUCACCGAAUGAAGAAUUCAGAAUCAAUGACAUUCAAGGCAUUGACGGAAAUACAUUGCAAACGGAGAGUUAUUCUAUCAGGUACACCUAUUCAGAACGAUCUAUCUGAGUAUUUCUCUUUACUCAACUUUGCUAACCCUGAUUAUCUGGGUAACAAGAAUGAGUUCCGGAAGAAUUUUGAAAAUAUUAUUCUCAGGGGUCGUGACGCGUUAGCAACAGAUAAGGAGAAACAGAUGAGUGAAGAGAAGCUAAAAGAACUCAAUAUGGCAGUUAGCAAAUUCAUUAUACGUCGUACGAAUGAUAUCCUUUCAAAAUUCUUACCAGUUAAAUAUGAACAUGUUGUUUUUACAGCAUUAUCACCAUUACAGUUGGAUCUGUAUAAGUUUUUCAUUGAAUCACCCGAAACGCAAGCUUUACUGAAAGGCAAGGCCUCUCAACCACUCAAGGCUAUUGGUAUACUGAAAAAACUUUGCAACCAUCCAAACUUAAUUAGUCCGAAGGAUGAUAUACCUGGAUCGAAGGUUCUCCUACCUGAGGAGAAUAUCGCAGAACGACUCGAUAAAAAGCGUCCAGCUAAUCCCGCAUGGAGUGGUAAAAUGAUGGUCUUGAUGAGAUUUAUUGAACGUAUGCGCAAGAAUUCUGACGACAAGAUUGUUCUUGUUAGUAAUUACACUCAAACGCUUGAUCUUCUCGAAAAGCUCUUUGCUGCUCUGAGAUGGGGUUUUAUGCGUCUAGAUGGAACAAUGGCAGUCAAAAAGCGUGGAAAAUUGGUUGAUAGAUUCAAUGAUCCGGAGUCUAGAGAAUUCAUUUUCCUGCUUUCCUCCAAAGCUGGUGGAUGUGGUUUGAAUUUGAUAGGCGCUAAUCGACUAAUACUGUUUGAUCCUGAUUGGAAUCCAGCUGCAGAUCAACAAGCAUUGGCUAGAGUAUGGCGUGACGGACAGAAAAAGGAAUGUUUUGUCUAUAGAUUUAUAGGCACUGGGACAUUAGAAGAGCAAGUACUGAUGAGACAAGCGUACAAGCAAAGUUUAUCGGCAUGUGUUGUCGAUGAAGCCGAAGAUGCAGAUCGGCACUUCUCUAAGGAUUUACUACGAGAAUUAUUUAAGCAUUACCCUGGUACUGAUAGUCAUAUGCACGAUACUUUUAAGUGUAAACGUUGUGAUAAGGCCACGGGUAAGCAGAUUGUUAAAGCACCUGCAUUGUUAUAUGGAGAUGUUAGCACAUGGAAUCAUUAUUCAAAUGCAUGCUUGAAGGAUAUACAUGAUGAUUUACUCAGGGCGGAAACGGGAAUGCCAGAUGUAACGAAAGUUUUCCAGUAUAUAAGUCAUUAGAAAUGUAUCAUAAAUUUUU